ACAUAGGAAUUAACCCGUUUGAGAAAUUCCAACCCGAUUGAACAAAUAAAGCCCACUCAAAGUAUGCAAAUUACGCUGUUUUAGGAACAAGGGUUUAAUGUUACUACUACACAUCAAUGGAGAACAGAAAAUUCGUAGUGAAGCAACUCCUUAAGGACAAAAAACUCUGGUUCGCUUCAUUCCUCAUUGUAUGGGCUGCUGCUCUACAGGGGCACAUGAUGUGGUUGAAAAGGCAAGAUUCUUUCAAGCAGAAGUUUGGAGACCUAAAGGAUGAAGGGGCAAGUGAUCAACAGGAACUGGUGGAUAAUCGAUGACUCGGUAACUACUUUAGUCCUAGAAAAACAGCCUGAGAGCAAUAUUGGAAAUGGAAAAGAUACCGCGAAGAGAAGCUUCCAUUGGUUACUACUCACAGUUGAUGGGAGAAGCUUUUGACAUCGACAUUUUUUGUUCCUGACCUCUCAUUAUUUACUUCGAGUAAACGUUAGUUCACUUGUUUAUGAACUCACAUUGAUUGUCUUAACAACAACAUACCCAUUGUAUCCCACCGGCGAGGGUCUGGAAAAGGUAGGAUGUAUGCAGAAUUUGAUAUUGUUAUCUUAUGCUUUACCUGUCAACUAUCUAUUAUUUACUUCAGCUAAAGGUGUAAAAGUUUCAUGA